ACAAUGACCAAAGAAGCAUAGGUACGUAUACCUACGUAGCCACCUAUGUCGGCGACAUACAUACAUGUAGGUACCUACCUACAUAAGUAAUAACGUCUCACAGUACAGUAUAUUUUUGAUAACUAAACAAACAAAUAAAUCGUUAAUUUAAGUGUUCUGUUCUUAUGGCUUAAAAAUUCCAUUUUAAAUUGAAUUCCUGUGAGUGUUUUGAUCCUUUGAAAUAAUGGCAGAAGAUCUAAAGCAAGUCAAUGAAGAUGAUUUAAAACAGCUAAAAGAAAGGAUGAAUUUGAUAGCAAGUGCGGAUCCAGGGCAGUAUCAUAACGAGUUUUCAUUGCGAAGAUAUCUCAGAGCAUUCAAAACUGUUGACCAAGCAUUUCAGGCAAUUAUUAAAACAAACAAAUGGAGAAUGGAGUAUGGAGUGGCUGAGCUGCACAAUGAUAAAGAACUUAUAGAGAAAUAUUCAGAUAAAGCUCGUGUUUUGAGACACCGUGAUAUAACUGGCCGGCCUAUUAUCUACAUUCCUGCAAAAAAUCAUAGCUCCAGUGAUAGAAAUAUUGAUGAUCUCACCAAAUUCAUUGUAUAUUGCUUGGAAGAUGCCAGCAAAAGAUGUUUUGAGGAAGUAGUUGACAAUUUAUGCAUUGUGUUUGACUUGAACAACUUUACACUGUCUUGUAUGGACUACCAAGUUCUGAAGAAUCUGAUCUGGCUACUCAGCCGACAUUACCCGGAGAGGUUGGGUGUUUGCCUGAUCAUCAAUGCCCCAGCUUUUUUCUCUGGAUGUUGGGCAGUAAUAAAGGGCUGGUUAGAUGAAAACACGGCUGGCAAGGUUACUUUUGUUAAUUCUGAAAUGGAUCUUUGCCGAUACCUAAUACCAGACAUCCUGCCAACGGACAUGUAAAUUGUUUAUAGAAAGUACAGUAAUUUUACAUUUAGUUAAGUUAUUUGUAAGCAUAUUAUAAGACAUUAAUCUGUUUUAAUCAUUGUCAUUAAUAAAACAUUCCAGUCCAGAGAUCAGCAAUGUGAAAAGGUUGCAUGAAAUUCUAAAUAAAAUUAAAUAACUACUUGAAAUUAAACAUUCAUUCAACACUAGAAUUGUCUUUCAGAACAGGAUUUUUUAUAAAUGUCAAAGUUAUUAUCCUUUCACAAUUUAAUACCAAUAUUAUCUUUUAUACCUAACAACUAAGCCAUGGUGUUUGAGAUUUGUUUUUAUUUAUUUAGUCAAUAUUAAAGUCAAUUAUUUUAGUUUUUGAGGAAAUAAUAAAAAUGACCAUGAUGAGAAAACAUUGAGCUAUUAUAAAAGAGCAUGCAUAUUAUGCAUAAUAGGUCAUAUUGCAUAAUAGACCGGGGGCCGCUCAAGUAGGCGGUAGCAGCCAAUGAUAUCAUAUCAUUGGCUGCUACCGCCGCCCCAGUCAGCAAGCAAUGCCGGACCAGCGAACUACUACAGGUAGUUGUAGUGAUUAUUAUAUUGUAAGCAAUUAUGCAGAGAUUAACCUGAAUUUUGACAGUAGCUGAGAUUCUGUACUGUAUAAUAAUAAAUUGUUUCGAGAGCGUUUCCACCACCGAUUUCCACCUAUCUCUUUAAUUAUAAAUCUGUCCUGAUCACUUUUCUUGCAUUUAGUCUGACACAUCAAUCCAACAGCUAUGCUAGAUUGUUACGUUAUUUUUAAUGAUCAUUCCACUCUACAAUCAUUUUAACCUUAAUAAUACUAGUCAAAUAAAUUAUGUACAACUGUACAUAAUUUCGAGGAGGAAAAUAUUUAAAUUAUCAAAUAUGCUAAUAGGAAGUUUCAUUGAAUUAAUGUAUUUUAUGAUUGGACAAUAUGGAAAUUCCACUGUGUACAGUGUUGGGUUUAAGUUACCUACUAUUUAAAAAUGGUCAAGGCUUCGCUAACAUGGGACCAUUAAAGAUUGUAUUUUCUGACUGGGAAAUCUAAAACUUUUGUGCAGUGUCAGACUCACUUCAAUGAAAUUAUUCAAUUUGUCACUCAUGUUUGUAAAAACUUAGCACUGUAAAAGGAAACCUGAAUCAUUUUUUAUUUAAAAAUGUUUAGCUAUAGAUAAGAUUUAAAAUGUGUUGUUUAUUUAUAAUUGUUUUAAACAAUGUGUUCCACCAAAAACUUUACCUGUUGUAUUUUUAACAAUUAAACCUGAAAUAUACAGGGUAUAUUUUAAAACU